GCUCAUGUCGCGUGACGUCACUCUCCCUGCGACGGAAGCUACGCAGCUAGUACACACUCCGCUGUCAUGAAGUUUUCGUGUGAGUUCUGCCGGCUGUCCUGUACCUCACCCAGGUCGCUGUGCCAGCAUGUGGCCGGCCACAAGCACAGGGCGGUCAUGUUGCUGGUGUCACCGGAAAAGCAGGAGCAAUAUGAACGUGUGCAGUACUUUGUGGAUACUUAUUUAAAGGCUUUUCCCGUCCUGGGCCUGGACUGUGUGAUGGAGGAGCAGGUGGGAUCCUCUUACCACUACACCUGCACGCUGUGUAACAGAUUGUGUGACUGGCAGGAGAUGGUGGCUCAUGUCACAGACAUAGGACACAUGGAUCUCUAUGUCAGGAAGCAUCACAGUGGGUGGAAAACCACAUGCACCGACCUCACAAAGGAGGAGGAGAACGCCCUGCUGAUGAAAGUAGCCCAAACUAUCUUCACCAAGGUCGGCCAUGGAAAAAUCCGUGUUAAGGAUUCAAAUGCCAGUAACCUAGAUGUGGUAGCUGUCCCGUCCCCCAUAGAAGGCAUUAAGAAUAAUUGCCCUCUGCCUUCCACAGGUAAUGAUUUACAGACGGAGCACACGAAGGAGAGACUGCCGCGGCAGAAGAAGCGGUUGCAUGUAAACAUGAUAAAAACUAAGUUUCAAACGUAUACCUGUUUACCCUGCAACAUAACCUGUUACUCACCUGUGGAUAUGUCUCAACACGUCCUCGGCAACAAGCAUAAAUCAUACCUGCACUCGCCCCAGGAGCGAGAUGAUGCAAACCGCUUGAGUUCCUUCCUAAAUGUCCACAUGAAGAAAGACCCUGUUGUGGGCCUGGAAUAUGUCAUGGAGGUAAAGCAGGGCUCAUUGUACAAAUUCUCUUGCCAGCUGUGUGGCGUGGUGCAUGUCGACUUGAUGAAAAUAGUCGCCCAUAUCACGGAUUCAAACCACAUUGAGCGCUAUGCUUGGAAACACUAUGGUGACCUGUUUCCCCCUCUUGUUCCCGGCGUCCGUCCAAUUGCCCGUGCAAAAGUCCUGAGAGAUAUUUCUGUAAGGAUCAUAAAACUGCAGAAAAAAAACCGCAAAAAAAUAAAAAAUACCACUGUUGGUGGCCUGACUGAGUCUGCUUUGUUCCCAGUGAGUGACAGUAAAACAAGGAAAUCUGUGGAGGACACGUUGCCAACCACACCUGAGGGAGACAAUAAAACAAAGACAGCCUUUGAGGACACUCUACCAUCCAAACGUGAGGGUGACCGUAAAACAAGGAAAGCCUUCGAGGACACUCUACCAUACAAACGUGAAAGUAGAAGCUCUCACUUAAAAUUGAGACCAUUAUCAUAUCAGGAGAAAGGUUUGGAUGAGAGCCAUGAAAGCCACCGCUACAGUAAGAGGCCCAAAGUAUCUAAAAGUGAUGACCCACCUUUGGCCAAGAGGAGCAGGCUUUCCCCUGAGGGUGACUGGGAUGCCUUGCCUUCAAGACCGCACAUUUCAAAGCAUAGGAGCUCACACUAUGAGAGCCAGGCCAUUAGAAUGGAUUGUACAACAGCCAUGCAGGAAUUGGAGUUCAGAACAAAUGAAGAAUUUUUUAAUUAUGUAUCUAAUUUUGUGAUCUCUAAUGAUGAAGAUGCUGUCUUUAUCCGAACAAUUACCCAGAACUGCAUUAGGGCUAUGACAAACUUUAAGGUAGAAGAGGCAGAGAGGCAGAAGACCACUUAUCACUCAGAGACUCCAUUGGCGCACACAAGCAGGACUACCCAAGAGAUCCCAGAUAUUUUAGAAAAUAAAACCGAGUCACAUUCUUGGGGUUCUGAAAUGAAUUUGCUCAAAGACACCUCAAAUCCCCCCUCAGAAUCCAUGCCUAAAAACGAGGUAACCGACUUCUUUUUUAGCAGCAUUAAAAACAUGGAUGAGUCCGAGGUGGUUGGUGUUUUCCAGAAAAUUGCUACCACAAAUCCUGAAUUUCAAGGAAUGGACAUCCCUACUGUUAUGAGAUUCUUGAAGGAUUCUGGGAGAUUAAACAAGCCUUGAUGCUGUGAAAAUACAUUGUGUUCUUUACUGCUGUUUUGUUUGUUUCUUGAAGAGGUUCCAGACAGAAUAACUUGGAUAAUAUAUUAUUUGGCAGGUUCUUGCCAGUUUUUGUUCUCUCUUUCUUUCUCUCCCCAUGAUAGUUGUUUUUCAUACUAUUUCCUGUAAAGAUUCACAAUACCGUAGUAUAAAUUGAAGACUAUAUUUUUCAAAGGGUGUUGUAAAAGUGUUCAACUUUAAAAAAAAAAAAAAAAAAACAUUUUAGAAUGGGGAAGGCUUAGAACACCUGUCAGGGUUUUGCUGAUUUUCAGAGCUCCAUUGGCAAUACUUUCUUUGCUUUUUGCUACAGUGAUAAUGGUUUCACCACACCAGUCAGAAAGUGAAGAAAAAUGUGCAUGUUUCCCUUUUUUUUUUUA